GAAGAAAAAAUCGUAGAAGAAGAAGUCAGUUGAUUUCAACCAUAGAUAUAAACACUUAUAUAUAUUUAUGAUUCCAACUGAAAGAUAGCAAAACAACAAUUUUCCUCUUUAAAAGACACGUUUAACUUAAGCGAAACCUUGUUGUUUUGAUACAUUUUUAUUUAUUUGAGUGUUUUGUCCAUGUUUUAAAAGUGCAGCAACAUGAAAUGUUUGUACUGCCGUGCAGGUGAAAGCGACGCUGAGCCCAAAUUCGUUAUUCAAGAAACGACUCCCCCAGAUGUCUUAGACAACCACCAGGUCCGAGUUCGUGUGAAGGCAUGUGGACUCAGCCCACUGGACCUCAAGCUGCUCAGGGAUUUGGGGAUCCAGACAGAUUUAGUUCCUGUUGGCAGAGAGGUGGCCGGUGUCGUCCUCCAAGUUGGCCCCAAGGUGACCUUCUUCCAGCCAGAGGAAGAGGUUGUAGGUAUCCUUCCUUUGGACUCCUCCUACUCUGGACUCUGUGAAGUCAUCGUCGUAGAUGAACACUAUUUAGUUCAGAAGCCAGAGAAGCUCAGCUCGGUGUGUGUGGCAGGAGCGCUGCAUGACGGCCUCUGCGCUUACACCGCUCUGCACACACACGCUCGUAUGGCGGCUGGACACACACUCCUGGUCAUGGAUGGAGCCAGCCCCUUUGGCCUCAUGUGCAUCCAGCUGGCUUGUUACCACGGCCUGAAGGUUCUGACCACGUCCCACUCUGCACAACAGCACACGUUCCUGGAGCAGCUUCGGCCAAGCGUAGUCAGAGUUAUUCCAGCCCAUAAGGACUCCUCAGAUCUGCUAUCAGUCGUUCUGGAGGAGACAGGGGGGCUGGGAGUGGAUAUAGUCAUUGAUUCUGGAGUUUGUCUUUACGAAGAUGAGGAGGAGGAGGGAGAGAAGAAGUUCCUACCACACAAGCAUGACCUCAUCAGUGUCCUGGGAGUGGGUGGACACUGGAUCACAUCCCACCAAGACCUGCAGCUGGAUCCUCCAGAUUGCAGAUUAUUGUAUUUAAAAUCAGCCUCCGUGUCUUUCCUCAACCCUGAAGUGUGGAUGACUUCCUCGGCCCAACAGGGACGGUACCUUCAUGUUCUCAAGGACAUUGUGGAAAAGAUGUCAAAUGGAGUGCUCAG